AUGGUUGCAUGCCUCGGGAGAAGCCAUUCCGUGAAAAGAACAAAGGAGAAAGCUGCAAGGGACGAGCGCCUCGCUGGUCACAUAGGGAAAUUUGACUGGGUAUCGUACCGGUUUGUUAUUCUUCCAGUCAACGGUAAUAGUCACUGGAGCUUUCUUGCGGUUGAGAAUCCCCUGCAGGGGGGCGUCAUUCGGCUGUAUCACGUUAAUUCUGCUACAGAAGCGCAUGACACGGCAAACGUGUUUUCUUUGAUGCAGUGUUUUCACGCCUCCCCUACCAAGCCUCAGCAGCAAAACUCUGUUGAUUGUGGAAUUUAUCUGCUCUACUUCAUCGAAAAGAUAUCCACAGCGAUUAUGAAAGAUCGCCCGCAUACGCUACGUGGAUCAAUGGAUAAGUUGCGCUCCGACAAAUUCAAUGUCGAAAACUACCGUGCGCUUCUACAUCAGCGUAUUAUCCGCGCGGCCAACGUAGCAAAUAAGAAGAGUAAAAUCCUAUAA